CAGUAGCUGGCUAGUCCAUCCUGUCCCUUGACCUCCCCACUUGAGCCAAAUCCUUUUGCCAUUAGAUACCGCUGAACUUCUGGACUGAGGUAAAAUUCAGUGGAAGAGUACUUGGCUACAGCAUUGGAAGGAUCCUGGAUUUGGAAAGGAGGAAGAUCACCCUCUAUCUAACUUGGAUUCCUAUUGCUUUCUUUUUCUUUGAGAGACAGGUUUGGAGACACAGGAGGGAACAGAGGGAAAUACUUGCAGAGCCAGCUGGGAGCUGAGCAGUUCCUUUCCAAAUGCUGGGGAUCCUCCACCUCUCCGCAGAUAUAAAAAGAUGCAGUAGACCUCAGAACUGAAGCCCCACAAUGACAGAACCCGAGACCCUGGUCCUUCUGGAAAUGAAGGGGCCUGAAGCUCCGGAGAAGAGCCCACCACAGGCUUUGGUCCCCAAUGGCCGGCAGCCAGAGGGGGACCAUGGGGCUGAGUCUCCUGGAGUAGAGUCCCUCAGAGUGGAGUCUUCAGUUGGGUCUCCCAUAGUCAGAGAGGGAGCUGAGCAUGGUCCAGACAGCACAGUCAGCGAGGCUGCUACUUUGCCCUGGGGAGCUGACCCCCAGCCCAGUGCCCCAUUUCUGGAUCCCCCGGGCUGGCGAGAUAUUGAACCAGAGCCCCUAGAAUCGGAGCCAUCCACUAAGCCAGAGGAGCUACUCAAAGAGGAUGCCAACCUGCUCCCUGAGAAGGCUGCUAGGGCCUUCGUACCUAUUGACUUACGGUGCAUUGAGCGGCGGCCCCAGGAGGAUCUCAUCGUUCGCUGUGAGGCUAGCCAAGCCGAGCGCCGGAAUUUCCUGUCUGCAGGACUCAGCCAUCCUGAGCCCCCCGAACGCAAGUGGGCUGAGGCCGUCGUGAGGCCACCUGGCUGGUCCUGUGGGGGCUGUGGGAGCUGUGGGGGCCGCGAGGCGCUGAGGGCAGUGGCUUCAGUGGUGGCUGCCCUCGUCUUCUUCCCCUGCCUGCUGUACGGGGCGUACGCCUUCCUGCCUUUUGAUGCUCCGAGGCUGCCCACCAUGAGCUCCCGCCUGGUCUACACGCUUCGCUGUGGGGUCUUUGCCACCUUCCCCAUUGUGCUGGGGCUCCUGGUGUAUGGGCUGAGCCUGUUGUGCUUUUCUGCCCUUCGGCCUUUCGGAGAGCCAAGGCGGGAAGUGGAGAUCCACAGACAGUACGUGGCGCAGUCAGUCCAGCUCUUCAUCCUGUACUUCUUUAACCUGGCUGUGCUUUCCACCUAUCUACCCCAGGAUACCCUCAAGCUGCUCCCUCUGCUCACUGGUCUGUUUGCCAUCUCUCGGCUGAUAUACUGGUUGACCUUCGCUGUGGGCCGUUCCUUCAGAGGCUUUGGCUAUGGCCUGACCUUCCUGCCGCUGCUGGCCAUGCUGGUAUGGAACCUCUACUACAUGUUCGUGGUGGAGCCAGAGCGCAUGCUCACAGCUUCCGAGAGCCGCCUGGACUACCCCGACCAUGUGAGAUCUGCCUCGGACUACAGGCCCCACCCCUGGGGCUGAGCCCUUAGGAGCUGGCCGCUUGCUGGCUUCUAUGAGCACUUGCUCCAGAUCUGAAACUUCAGACAAAUCUUGCUUCUGCCUCAUAGGGGUCCCACCCAACAGGGCCCAGACGGAUCUCUGCUCAUUCUUAGCUGCUGCUUCAUCACUGGAGCCUGAGAAGAUCAUAAGGGAGAGACUGGAGAAGCAUGGUUCUACCUGGGCCACCUCCCACCACUGCACUGCCACAGGUGCACUAAUGCUGGCUGCCCGCUACUCCACUCCCCAGCUUCCCGUGACGCAGGGGUGCAGAGCCAGAGCCCAACCAGAACUGUUUCUAUCAGCUGUCCAGGCAGAACUCAAGGAGAUGGGAAAACUGCUCAUGCCCAAUGACAGGUCCUUAUCGUAUCAAAUAAGGACUUGACACUUGGUGAGAACCUGCCUAGGGGGCCUGGUUUCAAGACUGUGCCACUGGCUUCAAGGGCCAUUCACCUUUAUCCUCAUCAGGACUAUUAACACUGCUGCCUCCCCUCUUCCAAACAUGUAGGCCCCUGUAAAUUUCCACUUUCAAACUCCAGAAGUCCCACUGGAAGACAAGAGAACACAGGGAAACCAAAUUCUCAAAAGGGCUGUGUGUGUACCUACAUGUGGUGACAGGGGAGUGAAUGGAAGACACAGCAUCUGCUGUUAACCUACUAUAUUCGUGAAUACAUAACAAUAAAUACUGCUAACCUCCUUUGGCUGACUCUUCCUACUUGCCUCACAUCCUAGUCAUAAGUGUCCUUUCCUGUUUGAUUUAGACAGCUGGAGAAAUCUCCCAGUUGCUUCUAUUGUGGAGGGUGGCUGACAGGAGCCUUGGGGAGACAGAACU